AUGAUUUCAUAUACAGCUGUUGCACGUGGCCAGACAAUCAUUGCUACAUACUCACCAGAUGGAACAGAUUUAAAUAGAGAAGCUCAGAAGCUUUUGGAGACUCCACUUGAAAAAAAUGAACAAAGAAGGAUGAAUCGUUUUAUUUUCACAUUUCUCAAGAAAAAUUCACUUGUUUUCAUAUGUGCUUCUAGUGCAGAUGAUCCAUCAUCUAUACCACUGCAAUAUUUGGAUAAAUUGUCUGAUAGAUGGUAUUUAAGUUUCUACGAAGCAUCAAAGAGAGCCGGACCAAAUGGCCUUUCUACUCAAACAGCCGACUUAUUCAGAGCAGUCUUGGACGAUAUUUCAACAAGUAAUAAUAAGGCAGAGAAAAUUAAGAGAGAAAUGGAACAAACAACAAGAAUCAUGACUGAUUCGAUGCAAAAAGCUAUUUCUAGAGGAGAAGAUCUGGAAAAUCUCUCCAAUAAAACAGAAGAUCUUUUAUCUACAUCUGUAGACUUUAAGAACCAAGCGACAAACCUGAAAAAUAAGAUGAGAUGCGCGCGAUACAAAUCCCUUGCUUUCUGGGGCAUUAUUUUACUUGUAAUUAUUUAUUACAUUUUAACAAAGAUUUGUGGUGGUUAUAACUUAAAGCCACGUUGCUUAAAAUAA